GUUUCUGCUUGUGUACUUGCAUUCUGUAUUAAGCUGCAGAAGAUAGUAAUCUCAUCUCAGGUUUUGGUGUCGCUGAGGGCUCCGAAAAGAUGGCAGAAGAUGAGUUUGACCCUAUUCCUGUACUGAUAACCAAAACCACACAAGGUCUCCAGAGAGAGCCCAGUCCUUGUCCUGUAAUUACUGUAGAGCACUUUAAAGAAUCCAUGGGCACCAAAGGCCUCCCCCUUUAUCCAGAUCCCAGCAGAGCUCCUGGCACAAAGACUCAGAACACCUUAGAGUCUGAUUCUCUGGCCCGCGAGGGUCCUUCCAGCAACAGCUCCUUCCAUAGCAGUGAGGAGGAGGGCACUGACCUGGAGGGGGACAUGCUGGACUGCAGUGGGUCUCGGCCUCUCCUUCUGGAGUCUGAGGAGGAGGAUGAGAGCUGCAGGCCUCUCCAGGAAAAGCUGGGAGAAGCCACCCUGUUCUCUGAAUCUGGGGUGUCCACUGAGCCAGAAGAAAGAGGACAAGGCGGGAAAAAUAGCCAGUUCGUGCCAAUCAACCAGCAAGCCUCAGAUGAUCUCGGGGAGCCUGAUGUCUUUGCUACAGCCCCCUUCAGGAGCUCUCUGGUUCCAGCAGAUGAUAUGGACAUUUUCUCCAAAGCCCCUUUUGUUUCCAAGGGCAGUGUAGCUCCUUCCCAGACGGAGGAAGUGGAUGUGUUCUCCAGAGCUCCUUUUACCAAGAAGAGGAGCAUGGAUGAGUUCCUGGCUGUGCAGGGCUCCUCGCAGGAUUUGCCGAUACAGGCCAACCUCAGUCAGUCCAGCGAAGGGCCCCUACUUGGAGGCCGAGAUAGAGCCCUGUACACCUCUGCACAUGCGCAGUAUCCUGUGACUGGCUUUGCACCACAGGCUGGUCUCCCCUCCCACUCUGUCCAGGUGGCAGACCAUUUUGACAGCAACUCUCCCAGGGGCUCUCCCCUGAACUCUGGGAGCCAUUCUAAUGACAGAAAUAGAGGACUGCAGCCCCAGAAAGAAGCCUUUUCAGGGCCAGCGGCUGGCAAGCCAUUCCGCCCCCAGGCCUUAUCCAAAUAUUCUAGACACUAUAGCCCAGAAGAUGAGCCAAGCCCAGAAGCCCAGCCCAUCGCUGCCUACAAGAUAGUUUCACAAAGCAAUAAGCAGCUGCUAGCUGGCUCUGUGUCUGUCACAUCCCUGUCCUCCAGGACUACAGAGCUGGCCACCGCUGAUCCUUUUGCUUUAGCACCCUUUCCUUCAAAAGCAGGCAAGCAGAAACCCUAGGAGCAGAGACUAGCCUGAGGCCUGCCUCCACCCACCCCACCAGCACCCAUCACACCACUCCUGGCUGGCCUUUCAGGGAGCAAAUCCCAUCCACUGUGACCUUGCAGUUCCCCUGCCUCAGAGCAGAAUCACUUCAAGGCAACUAGCCAAGUUGCUGUGUGACCCAGCAGAAGCUCCUUACGUCACACUUGCAGCUUUUGUUCUUCGUUCCCAGGCUUGUGGCAUUUGUGUCACCUUCGUAGAGGCCUUCCAACGCACUCAGAAUUCUGAUUUUUUUUGCCCGGAAACCUUUUAAAUCCAGGAAUAGUUUACCCCCAGUUAAUGGAGGCUACAUUAUACCAUGACUUUGAAUUCCUACAGCUUCUGUUGGAGUCACUUGCAUUGAGGAAUUAAGAUUGAUCCCUCCAGGACUCAACAAUACUCUUGGAACAGAGAGAUUUCUAGAUAGAAGAGCAAUACAAGCCUACUGCACAUCUGGAGGAGUUACUCUUCCGGCUACUCAUCAUUCAUUCCUAUGGAGCCAGCAGCUCAGAAGUACUCUGGGGUCUGUCACUGAGUCUGAGGGAGCCACGCUGGCCCUGAGUGCAUGCUGUAGGUCAGGUUCCCUGUCGUGUAAAGGAGUAGAGAGAUGUGAGAAGCGCUCUGCCUCCCACAGUCCACUCUUCAGACUAGUGUGGAUGCUUGCUUGCUCAUGUGUAUAAGAACCCUUUGUCCUCUGAGUGAGACCACCAUGCCUACCUCCGUUAUCAAAUCACUCGCUUUCUCGAAGUUGCCUGUUGACCUGACUUGAACCUUGGCUUUAUUUAGAUUUUUCUUCUCAUGGUAGAAUUGAAGUUGUCGGACAAUUUGGGGCAAUCCUGCUGGAACUGAAGUGUCAGAGUGAAUUUUUUAAAUUCCAUUUACCUGGUUUUGAAAAAUCAAUUUCCUAAAACUGGACAUGGUAGGUACCUCAUGACUGUAAUCCUAGCACUUGGGAAGCUGAGGCAGGAGGAUUGCCACAAGUUAGAGACCAUCAUGGGCUUAAUACUGAAUUCCAGGUCACCAUAUCUCAACACCCUUUCCUCUCAGCCAAAACAGUCAUCGGUCCUGUGUUUUCCUGGCAACAGGGGAAGAGACUCUUCAGAGGUCCAGCCACUGGGAAUUCUGCCUGGGUACCACUGUUGUGAAAUUCAUUAAUCAGGAGUCCAAGCCACAAGCUAAGUCUGCCUGUUUUUUCCCCAAACCCUUCCCAUACACCUCUACUGCCUCGUAAGUGGGUACAGACCUGAGACCUACAAGUAAACUGAGACUGGAAAAGAGCUGGUCAGUUGUCCUUGCAAAUCUUUACAUGAUCUGUUCCUUUCAGGUGUUAAAGUAGAGCACACAGGUGACUGGCCUCGUGUUCAGAAGUACGUUUUUAUGUCUGGACGGCUCUGACUCAUUCCUAGUGUUUUUCAUGCCCUUCAUUUUUACUGCCUUAAAAUAAGCCCUGACUCCAUGGGGGCGUUCCACUGAGGAAAGAGUCGGCACCAAGCCCAGGUGCACACUCACUGCUUCUCAUAGACACUUCCUCCGCCUGCCUGGGAAGUGUGGAGAGCUGUGUACCAAACUAGAUGAGGGAUGUAAAAAUUGCUAGAAGGUAGGCACGGUAGCAUGCCACUGCAAGCAGGGCACUCAGGUGGUGCAGGAAGAAGGAGUUCCAGGGCAGCCUAGACUGCAUGGCACACUGUCCCAAAAGAGAAAAGAAGAAUUCCUGAAAAUCCAUCCAGGACUGCAGCCUGGAUGCCAGGCCGCACUUGGAAUCAAUUAGUUGUGAUAGCCUUUAAAUUUGAAAGUAGGGGGUUGGGUGCACAACUCAGCAGAAGAAAUGCAUGCUUAGCAUGCACAGUGCCCUGAGGUCUAUCAUCAGCACACAAAAAUAAUACAGUAAAAUCUAGACAUCUUGACGUGACAUAAGAAUGGCUACUUUUUAUGGUGCCAGGCACCUUUAACCCCAGAACUUGUGAGGCAAGGACAGGUGAAUCUCUGAGUUUGAGGCCAGCCUGUCUAUAUAACAAGUUCCAGGCCAACCAGUGAAUGAAACCCUGUCUUUAGAGAGGACAUUUUUUCACUACUUUUCUUCUCAGCAUUCUCCAUCUGUUUAAAUAACAGACAGUGUGUCAGGGCCAGAGCAGCGCCAUCUGAGGAUUCCAUCCACCAGAAACCUGCCUUUCACUUCAGUAAAGGCUAAAUGUUAUCUUUAGGAAUUUGCUUUCUCACAGUUAUUAUUUUUGAAUUUCCUGUAUAAUAGUGGAUAUAAAAUUGUCUUUCUAUUAAAUAAGUAGUUUGACUAAUGCACAUGGAACUUUGCAACCAAACUUCCCACGCUUGUCGUCAGAUGAAAUCCUCCAAGGCAUGUGCAGAAGCAAUGGCGCUGUUCAGAGAGCCCUUGUGUGAUGCCGCAGCUCCUCCUAGGUAGCAGCACAUAGCUAUUGUCCCAGCUGCUUAGGAGGCUGGGCCAGAAGAACAGCUUGAGCCCAGAAUCUCAUGGCCAGCCUUGGCAACACAGAUGGACCCAUCUCUUGAUGAGAAACUUGAGAAUGGAAGGUCAACAUCACCUCGGUAACAGGCUACAGACUUCUUCCUUUGAUUACUGGAUUGUUCUGUCUAAUCAGUCAUUUCAAUUCACAAGGUCCAAAUUAGAAUAAAAUCAUGGAUUCUUUAUCUUAUAUAGUUUAAUCAUUUGUGAAGUGUGGACUUAGGGCCUCUUUUUAUUCUUGCUGGAGAUCUGAGUGGAAAGUCUAUCUACUAUCUUUGAAUAGAGGAUAAAUGUGACCACAUGUGGACUGUUUUUUCCUUACUUAGUGAUUUGUGAAGGAAAUCUGACACAUGAUAACCAACAGAUGAAUUCUGAAGGAGGUGCUGGAAAGAAUCUGGAUUACAGGAUCAGUGUGUAAUUUAAAGAUCAGGUGUCCUUGUGGGAUGCCAUCCUGAGUGGAAAUCCAGAGAUAUUUGUUUUUUUAUAGGGAAUUAAGAGUGCUUAAAAUCUGUGAACAGUAGUGAGUUCCUAGUGACCAUACUGUAACACUUACUAACAAGGAAGAGGAAAACAUUGUCAACAAAGCACUGCACUUUGUUUGUUUUAGUUUCUGCUGUGUGUUCGUCACUUUGUAUAUUUCAUAGGAAACACCAGAGACUUUGCUCUUUUGACUCAGUAGACAGAGAUGAGCCAGAAUAUCCUUAGGCAAUGCCUUACUCUGUGUCAUGUACUAAUCAACUUCUAAAUGGUGUGCUAGGCUGGGUGCAUAGCUCAGAGAUGGAGCCGGGCACAGUAGAGGCCCUAGGUUUAGCCCUAUUAACUGACUAAUGAACACUGUAACAGAGUUAGCGUACGUGUGACCGAUUUCUUAGAUUACAGGACAGCUCUUUAGCACCAAAUCCAUGGUUAGAGUCUAAACAAAUGAAAUAAUGAAUGAACUUCUGUGGCAUGUGGAGGCAAAAGGCAGCUUAGCAAGAUCUUACUAUCAAACUUUAAAGCGGCUUGGUUUAUAGUUAGGUGGUAGAGUGCUUACCUAGCACGUGCGACCACUGGGUUUCUUUAACUCCAGUCCCGGGAGACAGCACAAGAUGCUUCUGCCGUGUGAUGGUGAGCAGUCUCACCAGAGAAAGUGAACAGAAGUUGGUGCUGAAAGCAGAUUUCAGUUCAUACAGCCUGUUUUGUCCUGGCUGACUUGUGGAGUUGAAGACCUAUGUACUGGCAGAUGCCCCAGUGUGUGUGUGUGUGUGUGUGUGUGUGUAAAACAAUCUUCUACUCACUAACCCAUGGUAUGUCUCUGUUUUUUUUUUUUGUUUUUUGUUUGUUUUGCAACUGAGUUCUUCUAAAUGGUCAAGAAAGUGCUGCUUUAGCAGCCUGUUGUAUAUUUAUGUGUUGGCGUCUGUGCUUGUCAGUGUUUUGAGCUAGUCUUCACUAGUACGUGAAGUAUUAGAGUGAUCUGAUGAUAAGAAAUUCUGUAUUUUUAUUCUGUAAAUGAGAAUAGUCAAAACAUGUAUCAAAUUGUAUGAUAUAUACGCAUUACUUCAAACAGGAAACUUAAAAUGGAAAACCAGGGACCAGGAGAUGCAGUGCCCUCACUAGCAGUACAUGGGCAACUUCCAGUGGAGUCCAUUUGGGUCCCUCAAAAGUAGAGAUGUGGCCCUCUGUGGUGUCUUUGACAUUCAAACUUUAGAUCACAUCCCAGUCAACUCCAGAAUGGCUGCUGGUCCCAGCAUUUCUAUCAGCAUCCAAGUUGUUUUGAUGGACGGUAGUUUGCAGAAGAACAGUGGUAAAGGCAGGAACACCUUGCCUUCUCAUGGCCACCCUGCUUCCCAGCCCGCCAGUGCUUGCCUAAAAGAGCAGACACUGGGAUUAUAAGUAGAAUCAUGUCAUUUUGAGUUUUUAGUUUUGAACCAUAGCCUUUGUCAAUAUUUGUUUUAACCACCAGCACACUUGAAAACUUAGUAAAAAACUUCAUUAAAGAAAAGGUUUCAAAAUGUUUAAAAUUAAAAAGUAGUGUCCAGUUGUAGGUGGCUUCCUGCUCUGUCCCCUGGAGAUCUCCAUGCUCCCUUUCCCCGUUGCUGCUCUCCCUUAAUUGUUCCCCCAGCAUUCUCCUGGUCUCACCAAGCAGUGGGUGCUCAACAGUCAUACUCACUCAUGGCUGUUUUCCUUGCUACUGCUGUAAAAGGUCUGUUUAGGACUCAGGCCAGCCUUGACAAUCUAACAGUGAAGUGGAAUAAAGGACAGAGAGGGUUGGCAGGACCCAGCCUUCCUAGGACAUGGGGAGGAGCUCCUCCCCCGGUCCUACAUGGCUCUAGAAUGAGCACAUAUGUGAGAGGGCCUUAGAAUAGCAACACGAGCCGAGUGCUGGCCACGGGGAUACAUGCCUGUAACGGAGGCUCGCUCUGAAUUCAAGGCCUGCCUGGACUACAUAACAAGACCUUGUCUCAAAACACAAACACACGCUAAAUAUUAACUACAUGUGGUUUAGGCCAGUCUCUGUAAGUUUUGUCAGGUAUAUUUCAGCAGCCUCUGGCUUCAGCAAGUGCGCCAUAGUUCUGACUUGAUAGUGAACAGUGAACAUGGCCUGUACUGCCUUAUGGUAGAAAUAUAUAUAUAUAUGCAUGUGUGUAUAUGUGUAUACACAUGUGUAUACACACAUACAUACACACACACACACGCCAGAGGGAUCAGAUUCCUUUUGUCAAGGAAUUUCAGAAUGGAUUUUUAAAUACCAGUCAAGGACAGGUUAGGGUUGGCUGACACCGCCUGCUCAGACUGUGUGAGGUGAGGACCCUUGCUCAGUCGCCAGCACCUUCACUUUGAGACAGUAAAAUCCUCUACUUCAGAAACGGUGAGCCUGCUUUGUUCUGCAAGUCUACCAAAGAUUUUUGUGAAGAGUUUCUCAGCGCAGACAUGCAUCCUCCUGCUUCCUUCAUGGUGUUAACUCCAGCCCUUCCAGUUAGUCAUCUGAAGAGGGCUAAGAAGGGACCACAGGCAGCUGGCACAAGCAGCUCGGUUCCCUUUGCCAAAAACCUCCCAAGUUAGAAAUGGAAUUGUUUGCAUCUGUGGUGAGGGAAUUGACCAGCCGUUGCUUCAGACUCCUUCCCAAGUAAGCACCUUCUUGUGGUGGCACUGGAAGGACAGUGGUGACCUGUACCACAGAGCCUUCAAGACGUUAUUUUGAAUGGAACAUUUGAUGUCAUUUUUAGGGAAAAGAAACCAAAUAACAGAGGCCAACGACCAUGCGUGUUUCAAGGAGGGAAGAUGAGCGCCCUCUGCUGGCAGUAUUUGGAGUUGAUACAGUGAGGAGCUCUAAGCAGCCUGGAAGGAGUGUUGAGGUCAGCAGGCCUCAGGAAUCCUUAACAUGCAAACAAUCUUGAGGGGAAACCAGAAGGUCAUUCCUAGCAGUCAUUGUAGUACCUCUCAUUGCAGGCUGUUGGAUUUAUGUUGUUCACUCUGUGUGGUUUAUCUUAUGUAUCUGACAGUUUUUAUGGAUAAUUGUUUGGGUUGUAAACUCCUAUACUCUUUAUUAAAAUGAACCUAAUUAAGAGAC